GCCGAUCCAGCGCGUCCCCGGGCUCUGCGGGCUCUCUGGCCAUGGCCCCCCGACGCCAAGCCAGCCCAGGGCUGGCUGUCGCCCGCUGCUGGCUCCUCACCGUUGUUUUAGGCUUCUGCGUAUCAUUCAAUGUUGAUGUGAAAAAUUCAGUGACUUUCAGUGGCCCAGUGGAAGACAUGUUUGGAUAUACUGUUCAACAAUAUGAAAAUGAAGAAGGAAAAUGGGUGCUUAUUGGCUCUCCUUUACUUGGUCAACCCAAGAACAGAACUGGAGAUGUCUAUAAGUGUCCAGUUGGGAGAAGCAAACCAUUACCUUGCAUAAAGUUGGAUCUGCCUGUUAAUACAUCAAUUCCCAAUGUCACGGAAGUAAAGGAGAACAUGACGUUUGGAUCAACUUUAGUCACCAACCCAAAUGGAGGGUUUCUGGCAUGUGGGCCCUUGUAUGCCUAUAGAUGUGGACAUUUACAUUACACAACUGGAAUCUGUUCUGAUGUUAGCUCCACAUUUCAAGUCGUGAACUCCAUUGCUCCUGUACGAGAAUGCAGCACUCAACUGGACAUAGUCAUCGUGCUGGAUGGCUCCAACAGUAUUUAUCCCUGGGAGAGUGUUACAGCUUUUUUAAAUGACCUUCUUGAAAGAAUGGAUAUUGGUCCUAAACAGACACAGGUUGGAAUUGUACAGUAUGGAGAAAAUGUAACCCAUGAGUUCAACCUCAAUAAGUACUCAUCAACGGAAGAGGUACUUGUUGCAGCAAAUAAAAUAAUCCAGAGAGGUGGCCGCCAGACUAUGACAGCCCUUGGGAUAGACACAGCCAGGAAGGAGGCUUUCACUGAAGCCCGGGGUGCCCGAAGGGGAGUUAAAAAAGUUAUGGUGAUUGUGACUGAUGGGGAGUCCCAUGAUAACCAUCGACUGAAUAAGGUCAUCCAAGACUGUGAGGAUGAAAACAUUCAGCGAUUUUCCAUAGCUAUUCUUGGGAGCUAUAACAGAGGAAAUUUAAGCACUGAAAAGUUUGUGGAAGAAAUAAAAUCAAUUGCAAGCGAACCCACUGAAAAGCAUUUCUUCAAUGUCUCUGAUGAAUUAGCUCUAGUCACUAUUGUUGAAGCUCUCGGAGAAAGAAUAUUCGCCCUGGAAGCUACAGCUGACCAGUCAGCAGCUUCAUUUGAAAUGGAAAUGUCUCAGACUGGCUUCAGUGCUCAUUAUUCACAGGACUGGGUCAUGCUUGGAGCAGUAGGAGCCUAUGAUUGGAAUGGAACAGUCGUCAUGCAGAAGGCUAAUCGAAUCAUAAUCCCUCAAAACACAACCUUUAAUGUUGAGUCUACCAAAAAGAAUGAACCACUUGCUUCUUAUUUAGGUUACACAGUGAACUCCGCCACGGUUUCGGGAGAUGUGCUCUACAUUGCCGGACAGCCACGGUACAAUCACACGGGCCAGGUUGUCAUCUACAGGAUGGAAGAUGGAGACAUCAGGAUUCUCCAGACACUCAGUGGAGAGCAGAUUGGUUCCUACUUUGGCAGUGUUUUAACCACACUUGACGUUGAUAAAGAUUCUAAUACUGACAUUCUUCUGGUUGGGGCUCCCAUGUACAUGGGAACAGAGAAAGAGGAACAAGGAAAAGUGUAUGUGUAUGCCCUGAAUCAGACAAGGUUUGAAUAUCAAAUGAGCCUGGAACCCAUUAAGCAGACUUGUUGUUCAUCUCUGAAGCACAAUUCAUGCACUAAAGAAAACAAAAAUGAGCCGUGUGGGGCUCGUUUUGGAACAGCUAUUGCUGCUGUGAGAGACCUCAAUCUUGAUGGAUUUGAUGACAUUGUGAUAGGAGCUCCCCUGGAAGAUGAUCAUGGGGGAGCCGUGUACAUUUAUCAUGGGAGUGGAAAGACUAUAAGGCAAGAGUAUGCACAACGUAUUGCGUCAGGUGGAGAUGGCAAGACACUGAAAUUUUUUGGCCAGUCUAUCCAUGGAGAAAUGGAUCUAAAUGGGGACGGUCUGACUGAUGUGACAAUUGGGGGCCUUGGUGGUGCUGCCCUCUUCUGGUCCCGAGAUGUGGCUGUAGUUAAAGUGACCAUGAAUUUUGAACCCAAUAAAGUGAAUAUCCAAAAGAAAAACUGCCAUGUGGAAGGAAAGGAAACAGUAUGCAUAAAUGCUACGGUGUGUUUUGAUGUGAAAUUAAAGUCCAAAGAAGACAGAAUUUACACAGCUGAUAUACAGUACCGUGUCACACUAGAUUCACUAAGACAGAUAUCACGGAGUUUUUUCUCUGGAACUCAAGAAAGAAAGAUUCAAAGAAACAUCACAGUUCAAGAAUCAGAAUGCACUAAGCUUUCCUUCUACAUGUUGGACAAGCAUGACUUUCGGGACUCUGUGAGGAUAACUUUGGAUUUUAAUCUUACUGAUCCAGAAAACGGGCCUGUUCUUGAUGAUUCCCUACCAAAUUCAGUACAUGAAUAUAUUCCCUUUGCCAAAGAUUGUGGAAACAAGGAAAAAUGUAUCUCGGACCUCGCCCUGCAAGUAUCCACCACAGCAAAGGGCCUGCUUAUUGUCAGGUCCCACAAUGACAAAUUCAAUGUUAGUCUCACAGUCAAAAACAAAAAGGACAGUGCCUAUAACACCAGAACCAUAGUGCAUUAUUCUCCAAACCUAAUUUUUUCAGGAAUUGAGGCUAUCCAAAAAGACAGUUGUGAGUCCAAUCAUAAUCUCACAUGUAAAAUUAGAUAUCCCUUCCUGAGAAGAGAAGAAGAGGUUACUUUCAAAAUAUUAUUUCAGUUUAACACAUCUUAUCUCAUGGAAAAUGUGACCAUUCAUUUAAGUGCAACAAGUGACAGUGAAGAGCCUCCUGAAGCCCUUUUUGAUAAUGAAGUUAAUAUCUCUAUCCCAGUAAAAUAUGAAGUUGGACUUCAGUUUUACAGCUCUGCGAGUGAAUACCAUAUUUCAAUUGCGGCCAAUGAGACAGUCCCUGAAGUUAUUAAUUCUACUGAGGACAUUGGAAAUGAAAUUAAUGUCUUCUACUUGAUUAGAAAAAGUGGACAUUUUCCGAUGCCAGAACUUAAGCUGUCAAUUUCAUUUCCCAACUUGACAUCAGACGGUUAUCCUGUGCUAUACCCAAGUGGAUGGUCAUCUUCUAAUAAUGCAAACUGCAGACCCAGUAGCCUUCAGGACCCGCUUGGUAUCAACUCUGGGAAGCAAAUGAUUAUAUCAAAAUCUGAAGAUCUCAAACGAGGCACAAUUCUGGACUGCAGCACAUGUAAAUUUGCUACAAUCACGUGUAAUUUGAUUCCUUCUGACAUGAGCCAAGUGAAUGUUUCACUUAUCUUAUGGAAACCAACUUUUAUAAAAGCACGUUUUUCGAGCUUAAAUCUUACUGUAAGGGCAGACCUUCAGAGUGAAAAUACAUUACUGAUUUUAAGUACUGGCAAUCAAAAAAGAGAGUUUGCUAUUCAAAUAUCCAAAGAUGGACUACCAGGCAGGGUGCCAUUAUGGGUCAUCCUGUUGAGUGCCUUUGCUGGAUUGUUGCUGUUAAUGCUGCUCAUAUUAGCACUGUGGAAGAUUGGAUUCUUCAAAAGACCACUAAAGAAGAAAAUGGAAAAAUGACAUAUUUUACAGGAGAAAAAUAAUAAUAAUUAUUUGAUGAUCUAUCCUCAGGUUUGCCUCAAAUAUGUGACAAGAAAUGUAUAGAUACAAUUAAAGACAUAGUCACAUAACUUUAUGUAAUCCAUCAGGGAUUAAUCACUUGGAAAGUGAUAAGUCAAAGAAGAUCCAAAAACAAUACCAUAAAAAUAUAUUUUAUAAAAUGAUGAAAAAUAUUUUAAAAUAAUUACUCAUGUGUAUUAUUUAAGUAAAAUUACAAAGUGUUUUGAAGAUGAAGAUUAACCUGUACAAAUAUGUUUACAUAUUAAAUCAGCAUUCAGAGUAUUUAAGGAAUGCAUAAAAAGAUUUUUAUGAUCAUUGAUAAGUUAAGCUUUUUUCCAUUGAUUCCUGAUGGAUAUUCACAUUCAGCAUGAUAGUCAACAUUUGUAAAUGACAAGAAAAGGUUAACUGAAAAAGAUAAUUUCCCCCUAUUCAAAUGAGAAAUUUUUCCUGGGUAGAGUAUAUAUAAAAUAUGGACUGAAAAUAUAAUUAAAUCACAGAGAAUACGUUAGCAUCUUUGUGUUGGGUUCUGUACUUGGAAAAAAAAUUUUUUUCCAAAGUGUUUGGAAACUUUGAGCUGAAGGAAAACCAAGAAUGACUUGAUUAAAAGCAGUGCACUGAAUAGAUGAAUUUAAGCUUUCACAGAACAAGUUUCAUUUUGAUGUUGAGCCCUAAAACUCAAAACUUUAUGCUGAAAACAACACUUCACGGCAAUUUUGUGUGGCAUACCAGCGAUUUGUCAUGAAAAGCCAUGUUGUGUAUGGGAUAUGCUAAGAUGGCUUCUGAACGGAACAUGGCAGCUUAGGCAGAUGCCACAGAAAUGCUGAAGUCAUCUUUGCUGGGCAACUUUUGAACGUUAGGGGUUCCAGGAUGUACCAAAAGUAGGAGUUUUCUCAGCUCCUUGGUACAUGGUUCAUUUAAACCCUCAAGCUGUGAGAGUAUGUUUAUUUUUCAUUUUUUAAAAGGUAUUUAACUUUUGAAACACAUUUCUUACGUUUAUGAAAGGCAGUAUUCCAUUUCAAUAUUGCAUUUUACCAAGAAGACACUGCUUUAUAAGUGUGGCAUAUCAAUAUUUAAAUAGAACUCCAGAAAUGAAUUUUAAAGGACUUUAGCUUUGAAACCUCGCACCGACAGAAAGAGAUCACACCUCUAUAUGAGCUUCUUUGCUCCUGAAGUAAUCAUCAUGGUGCCUUGGACUCUACUGUAGCAUAAGCUCCUGGGUUGCUCCGUUGCUUAGGAAAAUAACAAUGAAUGAAUGUAUCGUAGCCGCAUGUGUGAACUACUGCUGUAAAAUUAGCUGAUUCUUCUGCAACAACUCCAUGUCUCCACCUGGCUGACCAUCACAAGACCAGCAUCUGUCCAGAACCUUAUCCAGAAAGUUCUGGACUCUACUUUUCUCAAAAAACAUCAAAUCAAGGGAGAAAUUAAAUGCCAUAGAUUUAAUUUUUUAAUAUAAUUUCCAAGGAAUUAUCUGAGAACUCAGCGUCGGCCUGCCUCGUGGCACUCCACAUCUACAUCUAAGAUCCUGACGAUCAAAACCUUGCACCUGGGGAGUGCCCAGGUCAUCAGUACCCUAAGAAAAGCGCAAUCUUUCCAGAGGUUUGAUAGCCUCCUGCUGGCCUGUCAUUGUUGAGAAAAAUUUGGGAAUUUCCUUCAUUCCCACUAUCUAUUUCGGGUUCAGAAAUCAUCCUUUCCACCUAUUAUUUCUUUGCCCAGUAAAACUCAGGUCUCUCUUGUUCAGAGUCACCAUGCUGCACAACUCCUGUGCAUAGCCUAUUCAGCAGCUCUGCUCCAAUCUCAACACAUUCUCAGAAAUAAAUCUAGCAGGUAAACUUAAAUUCACACGUGGCCUCCAUGACUGCUAGGCAAAGCAUUCACCAAACCAGGAGUGUGUACAUCUUAACUAAAUAUGGUGUUGACCCAGAGGGAAAAGAUGGAAACAAUGUCAUUUUGAAUUUUUUAGAAAAGACAGGGAGAACUGCUGGGCCAGAUCAAAUAGGUACUUAUAAUCAUGGCACAGUUUUUAACAUCAAUCAUUCCCAGUUUUUAAAUAAAAUUUAAUGGACCAGAUAUCCAUCAUCCCUAAUACUAUAACUUGUUGAGCUUUAUGUGUGUGAGCAUCUGUGUGUGUAAACACACAUGUACACACACCCACAUGAAUGUGCAAACAUAAAUCAAAUACAAAAUAUCUCAAUAAUACCAAAUGACAGGGUUUGACAAAAAGGACAAAAAACAAACACAGAAGCUACACCACCAAGGAAAGUUUGAUUCAUCCACUUUGCAUAUAGUUUUCAUUUUUAUUAAUAUUUAACUUUAAUGUACAGUUCUGCAACUAUGUAAAAGAUGCAAAUGUGGAGGUUCUGAUUAGAAUAAGUCAGCAGUACACAUGUUCUAAAACAUAGUCAAUGAUCAAGAAAUAUACUAACCUCUACCAUUUUAUUCUAAAGCACUUAAUAAGAAAAGUGAGUGCUUUUUAAACCUAUGAGCUUAUUCCAAAAACUUUUUUUAACUUUGGUAUUUUAUAAAAUUGAUUAUUUCUUCCAUUGUGAACUUACAUAUGUAUGAAGUCCCUUUCCAGACUACACUUAGAAAGGUAUAUUGGUAAAUUAUUCAAUAACUGGCUCUCCAGGAGGAAAACAAAUUCCCUGAUUUGUGUCAUUUGCCAAUUUCCGUGACCUAAAUAGUCUUGUCAUGGCCAUUUUCAAGCUACUGAUAUAACCCUACCAUCUUAACAAAACUCCUGAAAAUUAAUCUGUCAGGUCCUGUGAACCAGUAUGAACUGGCUUCAGCACACCAUUGAAAUAGAUUAGAUGACAAUAAUAGGCAAUAGAUAGAUGAUAGAUAAAUAGAUAUAGAUAUACAGAGAUAUAACAUGUUGAAUAUAUAUAUAGAUAGAUACACAAAUACAAUAUCAUCAUAUUUCAAAUUAUCCUUAAAAUGCUCAUCUCAAGCCCAGCAGACAUAAUGCUACAUGGUUUCCCAUUCUUUAACUUCAACUUCUAAAAUUAUAGCCUUCCUUUAAUAUUAUUAAAAUUAUAUAAACUUUCAGAAGAAGCAAGAAUUGAAAUCAAGAAAAUCUGAAGGGUGACACAGUGAAAAUCGGAACUUCAAAACCACUAAGAAGCUGCUUCACCUUCUCUAGGAGUCCAUUGCCCUGGAGCAAUAGUGUGAAAGUUCAUCCUUUGCAAAUAUUUGUAAUUUCUAUGAUCCAAUUUGAAAUUCAGUGGUCCAAUUUAUUCACUUAUUUUCUCUGAGCUGUAAAGUCAUGGGCAGUUUAAUCUGAAUAUUUCCAUGUCAUAAAUACACUUGAAAUGA